AUGCAGGGUGCACACUAUGUCAUCUCCACUGUGGGGAAGCCAGAUUAUGUCGAGACACCUGACACCAUGGACAUCUUGAUGCCUUAUUUGAAUGGAGGCGAUAUGCACGACCUAUGGAAGAAGUGUAUGAAGACGAAAGGAUGUGUGUCGUGUGAGAAAGGCAUGUGCUGGGAUCAGUUGGGUCCUCCCUAUAGCAACGCAUACAUCUUUGCACUCUUCUAUCAGGCCACUUUGGGCGUCCAGGAGAUUCACAGCAAGGGCUUCGUUCACAUGGACAUCAAAUCAGAGAACAUCAUGCUGAACUGCAUUGACCAGAAGUGUUUUGCGCAUGUGAUUGACUUGGGCUUGAUGGGGCCCCGUGGUGCGUGUAAUCUGGGCGGGACUCCAGGCUACAUGGCUCCUGAUCUUUGGAAAGAGAUUGGGCAAGGCCAGCCUCAGAACGAUGUCUAUUCACUGGGCGUGGUCCUCUAUGAGUUGGCACACCCUGGGAAGCAGCCUCCUUUCUAUAGCGAUCGGGCUGCUCAUCGCAUCUCUACGUAUGACCCCUCAACGGAUCCGGUGCUGUCUGGCCCCGAGCAAAGUGAGCUGGACCGUCUGAUCAUCAGCAUGUUGAAUCCCGAUCACGAGACGCGCAUCGGGACCGCCGAGAUCCUGCAGCGUUUGAUGGGAUAUUUGCUGACGAUGCCCGACUUCACGCCGGAGCAGCGCGCGAUGCAGCGCGAGACGUCUCGCGUCGCCCUCUCGCGGAGAUGUUCUGCAUACCGAUAG